CUUUCUCAAGAGCUUCGCUGCCUCCAAGAAACCGAGCAAGCUCCGCCCUGUUCUAGCUUCGCGCGCCGUCUCGCGCCGCGCUCUCCAUUCUACGGCCUCAACCACGCUUCCGUAUUCCCUUCCCGUGAUGCCUCGGGGCUGGCGAAAAUCUUGUCCGGUGGGUUCCACCCUGCCGGCCGCUUGGAAAUGAAAAGGUAGAACUUGGCUACGGGUCCCGAGAGGGCUCAAGUGAAAACGAAGAGGCGGGGCGAGCGGAGCGGAGGCGCCAUUUUUAAACGGCCGAAGCAACCGGUAUAGCCGCUCUCGCUGGUAGUAGAUAAUUUGACCUCUAGGGAUGUCCUCAGGAGAGAAAGCGGUCUCUGUGACGGUGGCAGGCUUGUGCUGACAGCAUUUUUACCUGAUUGUCAUCUCAUUAACAUUCAGUCAGAAUGGAUACUUUGCAGAAUGUCCACUCGGCAAUGGGUGGAAGUGGCGAUCUUGUUAACUCACAAGAAGAAGUGCAAAAGUUGUUAAUUGACGCAAGAAUGAGGUGCGAACAUCAUAAAACGAAUUACCAAACUCUAAAGGAGCAACAUACAAGGCUACUGGAUGACUAUACAAAAUCACAAAAUGAACUCAAACAGCUGUUACAUGAAAAGCAAACUGUUCAUGACAAUUUUCAGUGUUUACUUGCUGAACUCCGAGAGGAAUUAUUGAAUAAAACUAAAGAAGUAGAAGAGUUAAAGAUGCAGGUAAUAACUCCACAGAAGCUGGAACUUCUGAAAGCCCAAAUACAACAUGAAUCAGAAGCACCCAUGAGAGAGCGUUUUCAGAAGCUGGACAACGAAGUAGAAAAAUAUAGAACUGAAUACAACAAACUUCGUUAUGAGCAUACUUUCCUCAAAUCGGAGAUUGGGCAUCAGAAAGAAGAGCAGGCCCGCAUUUUAGAAGAGCAAAAGUUAAAAUAUGAAUCUGAGAUAGCAAGAGUGAAUAAAGAUAAAGAAGAAUUGCAUAACCAGAUGCUUAGUAUUGAUCCUAUAAGAGAUAACAAGCGUGUGGAAACAUUGCAAAGGGAAAAAACCCAGCUACUCCAGAAAUUAAAGGGCUUUGAAGCGGAAGUGGCAGAAUUAAGAGCCCAGAGAGAGAAUUCUGGAAUGCAAGCAGAAAAUGUGCAAAGAAUACAGCUGCGGCAGUUAGCCGAGAUGCAGGCUACAAUGAGAUCCCUGGAGGCAGAAAAACAGUCUGUUAAACUGCAGCUUGAGCGCGUUGAAAAAGAACUGCAGAUGAGCAAUGAGCAAAAUGCACUGUUAAUUGGCAAAGGACAUAAAACUGAACGAGAAAUCAAUUCCUUGACUACAAAAGUCAAAGAACUUAAGCAUUCACACAAGUUAGAAAUAACAAACAUCAAGCUGGAAGCAGCAAGAGCUAAGAGUGAGAUAGAAAGAGAAAGAAACAAGAUUCAAAGUGAAAUGGAUGGGUUACGCUCAGAUAAUGAAAUUCUUAAGAUGACACUUGAGCGGCACAAAGGGCUAUCAGCAGAAAAGGAUCGUGAGUUAGUACGCAAAGUACAAGCUGCAAAAGAAGAAGGCUUCCAGAAAUGUGUUACCUUACAGGAGGAAAAGUUAGAACUUGAGACCAAAUUAGCUGAAUUGGAGAAAAACAAAAUGGAGCAAGAUGCUCAGAGGCAAUUGGAAAAGGAUCGAUAUGAAGAGAAGUUAUCUGGUAUGCAACUGGCAGAAGAGUCCGGCAGAAGGGAAAUCCAGAAUCUUAGGGUAAAGCUUCAACAGCAAGUUACUAAUUCUGAGGAGCUAGAAAAAGAAAAAAGCGAAAAUUCUAAACUAAAGCAGCACAUCCAUGAUUUGCAGCUCCAAGUAGCCUCACUUUCACAGUCCGAGAAUGACUUGCUGGAUUCCAAUCAGAAACUUAAGGAAAUGCUGGACAGAUUAAAACACGAAUGUCGGAAUGCAAGAAGUCAAGCAGAGAGGGCUCAACUAGAUUCAGAGAAGAGUGUGGAAGAUAAACGUAUAGAAUGGCUGGAAGAAAAACACAAACUUAUUCAGCGCAUCACAGAGGGAGAAGAAAAAUAUAACCAGAUAAAAGAAAAAAUGCAUCGAGCAGCACUUGCUCAGAAGAAGAGAAAGACACUUAAUGACAAUAAGCAGAAGAAACUGAUAGAGAAGAUUGAACUCUUGGAAGCCAAGAAAGAAGAACUGGAAACAGAAAAUCAAGUAUUAAACAGGCAGAACGUACCUUUUGAAGAACACAUUCGUCUUCAAAAAAGAUUAAAGGACUUGCAGCGCAGACACAAUGAAUUCCGCCGGCUAAUUCUGUUUCCAAACAUCCCAGCAGUGAAUCCAGUAAGCUUUUUGUCUUCAGCUUUAGUUCCUGGACCAGAGGCAUCCUUCCCUCACCUACAGGAGGAACAGCAUCAAAGAGAGCUCUCCCUACUUCGCAAGCGCCUGGAAGAACUAGAAACCACACAAAGAAAACAGUUGCAAGAACUUGGUGCCUCUAGUGAGCGAGCUUGGUCAGUAGUAAGUGCUGAUUACAGAAAUAAGCUUGUUGAAGAGUAUGAUCUACCAGUUGAGGACUCCACAUAAACACUGAGCUCUUAAGAAUUAGAUACCUUUUGUCCUUUGCCAAAAACACUUAUACCUAUAUGUGCCUUGGACUACAUGAAAGGUCUGAAUAUAUUCAGCAUCACUUUGUAUUAUUUUUAAUUAAAAUUAUUAUAAGGGAUUAUGUUGCACUAAAACAUUUUUGAACGAGGCAACUCAAGUCUCUAGGGAGUUUGGUUGCUCAGAAAAAUACAGUAGAAAAUCCCCUCCUACUCUUUUGUUCAAAAGUUCUCCACCUUCAUUAGUAUUGGAACUCUGUGGCUAGUAUCAUGCAAUUAAAAAUACUAUGAUAAUGUAAAAUCAAAUUACAUGAAUUUUUCAAUUGGUGAAAUGCUGGGAUUGCUAUGUAUAUAAGUUUUUAUUUGCACUUUAACACAAUAUUAUGGGUUAUUUUUCUCAAUCAGGUUCUUAAAAUGAUUAUAAAAGUAGUGCAAAUGUUUGGGUUUAUCUUUAUACAGAGAUACUUUUGUGUGUGGCACAAAGAAAUGUCUUUAACAGUGAUCAAAUUUAUUUAUUAUAUAAAUAAAUUUAUUUAUUAUAUAAUUAUAUAAUAUAUUUUUGUAAAAUCUACAGCCUUGUGUUGUUUGGGUGAAAUACAGUUUUCCUUGCUUUGGAACAACAAAUCUUGCUCUGGUUCAAACACUCCUUACUCUAGAACAAGACUAGAGAAAGACACCUUGUUCAAGACACAAUAAGGGAAAUUGUGUCACCUUUUAAACUGCAGCAGUGACGAGAGCAUGCACUUGUGAAAGUCAUCAGAUUUUCUUUAUCCAGAGUGCUUUUGCAACUACUCAAGUGCUAAUUUCCACACAGCUAAUUUAGCAAACUUUGUUUUCCUCAGAUUUUUCCUCUGUGCGUGCAGCCUGUUAUUUGUACCCUUUGCCAUCCACAUUGAUGGGGAUGUAUAAAUACUAAACAGGCAACAAUAAUUCUCAGGGAGUGGGUCAUGACCUGUCAAAGAGGAAUCAGGAUACGGCCUCCAGAGACUCUAAACCUCAUUCUUCCUGUGCUUUAUGCACCAGGACAUAUGGGUUUUAAGCCUGUGUGUCCACUAUAAUGGUUUGAUUAGGGAUGGGAGUGUUGCCCCAACUGGACUUAAACUAGUAGACGGGCCUGGAACCACUUUGCAGCUAGUUCCAGGCCCAUUCUAGAAAUAGUAUGUACCUGGGUGUAGUAAUACUGUGAGAAUGAGGACGAGAAUGCCAUGCCACUGUAACUGACUGGAGGCUCUCUCUCUCUCUUGUGUGUGUGUGUGUGUGUUUCUGUGUCUGUGUGUCUGUCUGUCUGUCUCCAUUUGCAAGACAGGUGUCCUGCAAAAAACUGACUUCAAUAUAAGGCCAAUCUACACUGCCCUAUUUAACUCAUUGUUCAACAUGCAAUUUUGAUUAACUUUUGUUCCAGCUUUUCAAAGGUAAACUAGUAUGUCAGAUACACACAGACAGACAAAUUCACUAACUAAACAUCAAACAUUUUAUAUUUGAAAUAAAAUAUUUCAUAUAAACAUCCAGGAUAUUUUUCAUCUACAUUUAAAUUUUACCCAGUUUAAAUCUCAUAUAUAGGAAUUAUUCUUGUCAAAUGAGUUAUUACCUAAAUACAUCUGAAAAUAAAUUCAGAUUGUUUCAUGCAGUUACAGUAACAGUGCUUCGUCUGCAUUGUCAGAGAUGCAAUACACAGUAAGUAUCAAGUGAGUCAAACAAUACUUAAAAAAAAAUACUGCACUCUAUAUAGUUUGGUAUAUUAAAACGGGACAAUUGGGAGGAACUGUUUCAAAGUCUUAGCCAAGUCAUUCACCUUUUUCAAAUACUAAAGCAUGUAUUAAUUACCCUACUUUUAUAUAAAAUGCUUAUGAUAUUAAUAGUCACAAUGCAACUUGAAAUUCUCAUAUGAGGUGGCAAGUCUGCUUCACCUACAGAGCUGACAAUAUCAAAAGUAAGUUUUCAAGACUUUUCUCCAUCAUGAUAUGUCUGCAGUAGCUUGUCCCAUCAUACUAAGAGCUGGAAGGGUCCUUGGAGGUCUUCUAGUCCCACCUCCUGCUCAGUGCAGGAAACUGCAACAGUGUUCCUGACAGAUGACUAGCUAAUGCUAAUCUCGGUUUGAAAACCUCCAGCCUAGCACUGCAUGAGGCAGACUGUUCCAUUAUUUAACAGUUCCCAGAGUUAGGAAAGUCUUCCUAAUAUCUAGUUCAAACCUGCUUCCUUGUAAUUUCAACCCACUAGUUCUAGUCCUCUGCUCAGGAGCAACAGAACAAAUACCAUCCCCAAAGUUAUUUGCACGGUCUCUGUGAGAGGGCUCUACUCUACCAUAUUAAUGUAAGUGGCCCAACGAAAGGUUUCUCACAAGAGCAAGUCCCCCCACGUCUUAAAAUCUAUGCCAGUUCAGCUGCUGUACCAUAAGAGUGAGUGAGAGAGAGAGAGAGUUCUUCUAAAUCACUCUGGCCCAAGUCAAAUCACCAGAUGUCAGCAAGCUAUAUGGACCUUGAGUCAAGUGCCUCCUUUUCCCCCUUUGUGUUCUCUGGUUUCUGUGGCCAAGCGGGAGGGGGGAUGGUUGGGGCUCGGGCACCGUGAAACAAGGGCCUCAUAAAAAUUAUACACAUACUACUUAAUCAAUUCCUGUUUACUAAAUUUGUUUUUAAUAUACAACAUACAAAAUAAAUUACUUUACAGAAAAUACUGCUGUUAUUUUUUUUUAAUAGGACAGACAUUAUUUCCCACACUACAUGAACAGACAUUAAAAAGUCUGAAAAACAAAACACCAGUACUUUAAAGAUACAUAGUAGCUGUUUCCAAGCUGGUUUGCUUCAGAGGUGUUCACUGACAAGAGAUCACUAUCAUAUAAACAGCUAAGUUUUCCACCUUGAGUAAGCUUUCCUUCUAACCCAUGAGAGAAAUGUGUGCAGGCGGACCUCAGCUGUGGUUUUGCAUAUCUACAGUUUAAAAAUAAGCACCAGGUUCAAUAUUCAUGGUAGGGUGUUUUGUAUAUCUGCAAAUUUGAGCUUGACCUUGACACUUGGGCCCUUAAUUUGAAACUUUGACCUUGAACUUGACAUUUUGAAGGAAUCCCCACAAGUGUUCACUUGAACUGGCUCCCACACUGUGAUGCCUCUCUGGCCAACUUGCCAACCAGUCUGGCCUGGGGUUUGUGCUGAUAAGUGCUGAACUUCAACUGUGGGGGUAAGGCAGCUUCGUGAUUACUGUACUGUAUGCAUUACUGGAGGAGCUAGAGAUUGGGAGAGCAUAAGAUCUGAGGUGGCCAUGGUAUAGUGCUGUGCUCCAUCCUUUUCUGCUUUCCCCCCUGAUUUUUGGGGAUCAUUUUCUAGGCUCCAGAACCUAACCUCCUAAUUCCCAUAGAUGCAAUGACUCAUUAUUCAUAGUUUCAUUAUUUGUGGUCGAAAGCGAGGAGUAGCAUCCCCAUGAAUAACAAGGUCCGCCUGUAUACCAAACAUGGACAAAGGAAGGAAAAGAAAACUAUCUUCAAAUAGUUGUCAUCUACCUCUUUGUUACUGGUGUGCUCUGCCUAGAUUUAGUGGAUAGUUUGCACUUAAUGUAUUUUGAUAAGUAUGUUUUGUGGCACUCUGUGAACCAACUGUGUCCCCUAUAGUAAAAUAUCAUAGUGAUAAGAGCUGACUCAGCAUUGGCAGCAUCAGUGCCAGUGUGACUCUGCCUGGCCAGUGGAGAGAGUCAGAUUUGAAAUCUGUGUUACAGACUGUUUGUUCUUGCAAGCCUGUCCAUAAGUUAAUGUGGUAAUUCUCCCAUCUAUUUGCAGUUUUCUUUAAAAAUAAAAAUAAAAAAGGUUGUAAACAA